AUGGCGCUCGCCCAGCUCGUGCACAAGGCUGACACAAACCAUACAGCAUGCACGAGAUGCCAGGCGGGAGGUAAGACAUGUGUUUAUGGCAAUUUUGUCAAUGCCGUUGAGAAACAGACAACGCGUAAACCUCGUGGACAAGCAUCAUCAGUUCAGAAUUCUGUUCCUAUGUUGGUCCCUCCCCCUUCUUCGGGACCUUCACACGAAACUCCUCCAGCAUCGGCAGCCACAGAGCCUCCAACAGUUGAUUCAAUACCUGAAUCUCAUCAUGUGGAUGAGCAUGGAGAGGUAGAGUCUGGCCUGGAGCAAAACCAGGUGUACUAUACCGCACAUGGGCGGUUUGCAGGCCAGGUCGCCGCUGCUAUCGAUGUGAGGGCAGGGUUCAUCCCCGCAACUUGUCAUCAGAUCCCCCUAGUAGAUGCGCCGCUAUUUGGAGAUCUUGACCUACCUUCUCAAUCCCGUCUAUUGUCGUCGUCGACCGAAUUGCCUCCCCGGGCAUAUGCCGAUCAAUUGAUUAACAUAUAUUGGCAACACAUUGACCCUAUAGAACCAGUGCUAGAUCGCCAGCACUUCCUUGGCCACUAUGAAAAGGCAUAUUCAACACCCAUAGCACCACUCUGCUCAGACUACGACAUCUGGCUUGGUAUUCUCAAUGUAGUGUUUGCCCUGGCAAUUCAAAUACAAGAGCACAGCCCACUGCACCAAAGAAAUGAGGAGGGAAAUUGCUUUUUCCAGCGCGCAUGGGCCCUGCUUCCAGCAGAGUCUAUGCUAUGGAGACCUGCAUCACUCGAGCUUGUACAGUGCCUGAUGCUGAUGAAUCGAUACCUCCACUGCACCAACAAUCAACAGAAGACAUGGAUGACAGCGGGGUUAGCGAUGCGAAUUGCGCAGACCAUGUGCUGCCAUCUCGCCGACGCGCCUUCGGCACAGGGCUUUAGUGAUAACAAUGUCCUGAAACAGAAGGUAUGGGCAAGCUGUGUUGCCCUUGAUCGAUGCAUCUCCUGGUCGCUGGGUAAAACGUCGUCAUUGGUGCUGAUACCAUCCCCGCCAACAACUACCUCCCAACAAUUAGGCCAGAAAGCGACGCAUGAUACCUGGGGGUUGGGACUCCACGAAAUUGGGAAUCAAAUUCAGUUGGCGCAGAUACAGACGCGAACUAGUCUCGCAGCCAGAUUUCGCCCUCCACUCCUAUCUCGACAAGAUGAGUACCAUAGUGCGGCAUUGCAACUAGAUGCAUGCCUUCAAGAUUGGGAAAAUAGUCUUCCCAGCGAUUGGCAGUCGCAGAACCUCAGAAUGGUUGUUAACAGGUCGUCCCGAGCUGAGCGAUACUUGCUUCAUCUUCGCUACCUCCACCACCGGAUCUUUCUAUUCAGACCUAUGCUCGCCCGCUUCUAUUCAAUGAAAAUAGACACCCACCCAUCGCUCAAAUCACCAAGCCUAAGCCACCGGCUUCUACGUGAAAGUGCCAGCAUGUGUAUCGAAGCCGCGCAGCAGAUGGCCUCACUAGUUAACGAGACGCUCGAGCCACAUGAGCCGAUCGGACUGCUUCCAUGGUGGUACAGAAUAUACUACCUUCACAUUGCGGGUGCCAACUUCCUCGCAGCUAUGUUCCGAUCAGAACUUUUCACAGAUUCUGUUUCCCAGUCUUGGAAAAACGUGCUUCUGGCACUCCGCGCUCAUGAACACUUGAGUCCCUACGUUCAGCAAUGUGUGUGGACAUUUGAGACUCUCGCGGCCAGAAUUAUGGGCAAGCCUUACCUCAGUCUAGAUGGCAGUGGGUGUGAUUUGAUGGUAGAUGGGUCUUCUGGAGUUUCCUCCGAUGAUAUCUUCCAGGAUAUUAACUUUGACUUCGAUAAUUUUAUAUUUGGACCAGAGGACUUCUCGGAGGGGUUGAUUUAG